AUGGAGAGUUCGGUGAAGAUGCCCAAGACCCCGCUGGCAGAAUCUAUUCGCGGACAUCGGCGCAUGACGAGCAGGUCUGACUCGACACACGCCCCCUCGAAGACAUUGGGCGAGCAGAGUUCAAAAUGCCCAAAGCCACAACCCAGCGUUGCAGGAUCGAGGGCACAUCUGCCAUUCACAACUGCCUCAUUCUGGAAUCUGCGACAUGGUCUUCGAGACUCGAACGCCUUGCUGGCUCCAUUCCAAACGCGUGACUUUUCUGCCCUCCGGUGGGAGUCACCCCUUGCUUCUGAAUUGAAUUGCCAGCAGCGCUUCAGGAUGCAUGUUGCUGCCAGGCAACCAGAAGCCUCCUGCGACGCAUGUCACACCGCCGUCGACAACGAACCCCCGGUGGCACUCUUGUGA